CAGGGGAGGGUUAUGUGAGCGAACUUACUCUAUUGCCAUCAGAUAACCAAACAGGAUUAUAUUCAUGUGCAGUUCGUAAAGAUGGUGUAUACACAGUACUACAUUCUUUCAUUCUUAUACGGCAUGAUGUUAAAAUAGAACAUUUCCCUCAAGAAGUAGAACUACUUGGAUUGGAAAUAUUUCUGAUAUUUGUACCAAUAUUGUUAAUUGGAUGUAUAGCUGCUGCAGUUGUGGAUCGUCUCAAAUCAUUGAAAAAAGAAAAAAUGCAAAUCAUUCAAAAGACGCUUAAAGAUGAAUUUCAAAACUCAAUGAGCAAAUUACCACUUGUUGAAAAACCUGAACAAGAUGGGCCAGGAGAUGACAUUAAUGUUGCCCUAGAUCAGGCAGACAAAGAUCCAAAUGAUUUAGGUUUAACUGAUGAAAUGGACACAACCAGACAACAUGAUGACCUUGAAACAUCUGGCAUAUAUGACGAAAUAGACAUAGACAAGACUAGUAAAACUAAUGAGUUUGACACAACAGGACCUAUAGAUGACGAGGAUAUGGAUGAUGGCUAUGAAACAAUAAUUUUUACUACCAAAAAAACAGAACCAAAAAUACAGAAAAAAUCAGGACCUGACAGGGAAGAUUUUAUGUCAAAGUUUCAAGGAAAUGAAUUUCAGAGAAAGUGGGAUGAAAAAAUCAGCGAGUGGCAAGAUAAAAAAGAUAAAUUGAGAGCAGAGGGCAAACCAAUCUUUGAGAAACCAGCAGAAGCACAGUCAAAAGAGUCAAAAGGUUCUGUCCGUUGGUCAACUCCUGAUAUUCAUUCAGCCGAGGCUUUUCCGAGAUCAUCACAAAUGAUAAGAAAACAUCAUUCAGCUCCAAACCAACCAUUAACGAAUGAGUAUCAUCCCGAAACUUCAUCUGGACCCACACGGUCCAAAAGUAUGCCAUAUCAUUCUUACAGAUCAAAAACUUACCAGUCAUCUGAGAUGGUGUCAGGUCGUCCACCAUAUUCAAUUCCUAGUCAGGAAAUGUUAGAUUCAGCAGCUCAGUUAUACAGAAAACAAUUCAAGUCAUCUUCCAGUAGCCAACAAUCAGCUAGGAAUCUGUAUGCUACUGUUGCAAGGCAGAGUGGUGAAAGACCUAAACCUCCACCAGCUCCACCACCUCCCCCGCCUCCCACGCCUCCUAUACCACCUAAAACUUGGGAUAUGUCAGCAUUUCAUCCAAGUAGUCACCAGUCAGUGAAUAAUCGUAAUGCUAGAUUACAGAUUGAGGCAAAACAUUCAUCUCAACAAUUGGGAGGUGAUCAGCAUGGUAGAAGAAUAUCACAGAUUUCAACGAGAGAUCCAUCAGACUUGAUGUUUCCUCCUGGUAGUCGACAAUCAGGAAGUGAUCAAUAUGAUUUGAAUGCAUGGCAGAGUGAGGGAAGCCUUCCACCACCCCCUUUUCCCUAUACUCCGCCUACACCACUUCCCCCUGGUAGUCGACAAUCAGGAAAUGAUCAAUAUGAUUUGACUACAUGGCAGAGUGAGGGAAGCCUUCCACCACCCCCACUUUUUCCCCCUGGUAGUCGACAAUCAGGAAAUGAUCAAUAUGCUUUGACUACAUGGCAGAGUGAGGGAAGCCUUCCACCACCCCCGAUUCUUCCCCCUGGUAGUCAACAAUCAGGAAAUGAUCAAUAUGCUUUGACUACAUGGCAGAGUGAGGGAAGCCUUCCACCACCCCCACUUCCCCUAACUCCGCCUCCACCACUUUCCCCUGGUAGUCGACAGUCAAGAAAUGAUCAAUAUGAUUUUAAUGCAUGGCAGAGUGAGGGAAGCCUUCCACCAUACCCACCUCCACCACCUCCACCUCCCCCACCUCGCCAACAUCAAAGACAGGAUAUAUUACCACCUCAUCUAAGAAGUCAGCAGUCAAUAAAUAAUCAUAAAGCUAGAAUGCAGAUGGCAGCAAAACUUUCAUCUCAACAAUUAGGAGGUGAUGAGCAAGUUAGAAAUAAAUCACAGAUUUCAGACUUCAUAAUUUAUCACAGAAGUCGACAAUCAAUAAAUGAUCAGAAUGCUAGUAAUGCAAGACUGAGUGCUCAAAGAUUUCCACCUCCCCCAACUGAAAAUCAGGAUAUGUCAGCACCUCAUCUAAGUAGUCAGCAGUCAAUAGAGGAUCAUUAUGCUAGAUUGCAGAUGGCGGCAAAACAUUCAUCACAACAAUUGGGAGGUGAUAUGCAUGCAAGAAAAAUAUCACAAAUUUCAUCAAAAGGUCUUUCAGAUUUCACAUCAUCUCCUAGGAGUCAACAAUCAGUUAAUGAUCAGUUUGCUGUUAACGCAAGGCAGAGUGCAGAAAGACGUCCAUCUUACCAAACUGAAAGUCAGGAUAUGUUAGCACCUCAUCUAAGUAGUCAGCAAUCAAUAGAGAAUCGUAAUUCUAGAUUGCAGAUGGAAACAAAACAUUCAUCUCGACAAUUUGAAGGUGAUCAGCAUUCUCGAAAAAUACCACAGAUAUCAUUGAAAGGUCAGUCCAACUUCACAUUACCACCUGGUAGUAGGCAAUCAGUAAAUGAACAGUAUGUUAAAGAUGCGAGGCAGAGUGUGGAAAGACUUCCACCUCCCCAAACUGAAAGUCAGGAUAUGUUAGCACCUCAUCUCAGUAGACAGCAGUCAAUAGAGAAUCGUAAUUCUAGAUUGCAGAUCGAAGGACAACAUCCAUCUCAACACUCAGGAGGUGAUAUGCAUGCUAGAAAAAUAUCACAUAUUUCAUCGAAAGGUCUUUCAGAUUUCACAUCAUCUCCUAGGAGUCAACAAUCAGUUAAUGAUCAGUUUGCUGUUAACGCAAGGCAGAGUGCGGAAAGAUAUCCACCUUACCAAACUGAAAGUCAGGAUAUGUUAGCACCUCAUCCAAGUAGUCAGCAAUCAAUAGAGAAUCGUAAUUCUAGAUUGCAGAUGGAAACAAAACAUUCAUCUCGACAAUUUGAAGGUGAUCAGCAUUCUCGAAAAAUACCAAAGAUAUCAUUGAAAGGUCCGUCCAACUUCACAUUACCACCUGGUAGUCGGCAAUUAGUAAAUGAACAGUAUGUUAAAGAUGCGAGGCAGAGUGUGGAAAGACUUCCACCUCCCCAAACUGAAAGUCAGGAUAUGUUAGCACCUCAUCUAAGUAGACAGCAAUCAAUAGAGAAUCAGUAUGCUAGAUUGCAGAUGGGGGCAAGGCUUUCAUCUCAAUCAGUGACUCAUCACAAAGCAGGUGCUAGUAGAACAUUACAGAUGACAGAAAGUUUCAAGUCACAUCCAAGUGAAAGUGAGGGUCUUUCAACGACUCGUAUGGGUAGGAGACAGAUAUCAGAUGUUCAAUAUUCUAGUCAAACAUCUAAUAUGUUAAGACAACAUCCAUCAUAUCCAAAUCAAGGCCAAGAUCUUUUAUACCCAUCUGAACAUCCUGCUAGUAAAACAUCGCAGAUGGUGAAACGGCGUUCAUCAAUUUCAUCCCAAGGUCAAGUAAUGUCAGACACAGUUCAGAAGGUCAGAAGUCAAAAAGUACAAAAUAUUCAGAAUGCAAGUAUGACUACCCAGAUGGUUGACCAAUAUUCAACACAAGACUUGAAUAGUUCAGUACCUCUUCCUCCCAGUUAUCAAUCAAAAACUGGGUCACUUGUUAGCAAACCAAAGCAGAUGACAUCUCAGCAUUCAUCAACUUCACCUCAGCGCCAAAAUAUGUUGGACACAGCACCUUAUAUCAGUAGUCAACAAUCAAGAGAUGGUAAGCAUGCUAGUAAUACAAUGCAGAUGACCGGAGGACAUAUAUUACAUGGUACACAAACUUCAUUCAUACAUCAGGGGUUUAAAGAUAAUCUGCAUACAAGGAAAUCAUCACAAAUGGCGGCAAGACGUUUGUCAGAUCCUAUGCAGAAGGCAGCUGUUACAAAUUUACAAACAAGUCAUGAAGGAGAAAAAACACCAGACAUCCAAUAUAAUUCAAGAAAUUCAAUGGAUGUUGCCAAAGGACAUCUUUCUGAUCCUACUCAUAGAUGGACUCACUUAGAAUCACAAAGAAGAGAAUCAGCUGAGGAUGUUCAGUAUAUCAGCAAACAUUCAUAUGCUGUGUCCCGUUCUCCACAAAAAAGUCUCCAUAUGGAUAGACGUUCUUCAUAUGAAAGUUUCCCGCCACCACCUUCCACCUGGACGCUUGUUUCUAAAGAUUCAAGAAAUGAAACAUCACCUUUGAAAAAAGACUUUAACAGCAAACCAAUUCCAUAUGAAGGGCCAUUAUCUGGUCAAAGAACUAUGUUACAUAGAUCGCCACCAAGGAUUUUGCCACCUCAACGUCGUGCAUCAUUGACCUCUGAUACUUCGCCUCUGCCAAAAGUUCUGAGAUCUCCACCAAGAAAGUUAUUGUCUCCAACAGUAGAAAUUUCUUCAGAAAGGUCAGAGUCUCUUCCAGAUGAUGUAAGUGUUGGGUCACAAUCAAGGAUGCUCUCAUUUUCUAAUCAGGAAAUGUCUUCACAAGACAAAUUAAGGUCUAUGCAAGAUGAUUCAGAAUCUCAACAAAAUGCUGCAUCAGCUCCACACCAUUUACCGUCUUCACAUGAAAAAAUAAGGUCUACACAGGAUGUUUAUGUAUCUCCACAAAAAGCUGCAUCAGCCCGACGCUAUAUACCAUCUUCCCAGGAAAAAAUAAGAUCUGUACAGGAUGUUCAUGUAUCCCCACAAAAAGCUGCAUCCUCAAAACGCCAUGUAACAUCUUCCCAUGAAAGAAUUAGGUCCACACAGGAUGUUAAUGUAUCUGGACAAAUAGCUGCAUCAGCCCCACACAAUGUACUAUCUUCACCGGAUAAUAUAAGGUCUAUACAGGAUGUUUAUGGAUCUCCACAAAUAGCUGCAUCAGCCCCACUCAAUGUACCAUCUUCACUGGACAAUAUAAGGUCUCUUCAGAAUAUUUAUGGUUCUCCACAAAAAGCUGCAUCAGCCCCGCACUAUAACAUUAUAAGGUCUGUACAGGAAGUUUCAGGAUCUCUACAAAAAGCAGCAUCAGCUCCACAACAUGCACCAUCUUCAACAGAAACAAUUAGGUCUAUUCAGGAUGUUUAUGGAUCUCUGCAAAAAGCUUCAUCUUAUCCAAGUCGUGUACCAUCUUCCCAAGAAAAUAUAAAGUCUUUACAGGACAUUUUAGGAUCUCCACAAAUAGAAUCAUCAGCUCCACGCCAUGCACCAUCUUCAACAGAAACAAUUAGGUCUAUACAGGAAGUCUAUGGAUCUCCACAAAAAGCAGCAUCAGCUCCACGCCAAGCACCAUCUUCAACCGAAACAAUUAGGUCUAUACAGGAUGUUUAUGGAUCUCCAAAAAUAGCUGCAUCUUAUCCAAGCCGUGUACCAUCUUCAGUGGAAUCAAAUAGGUCUAUACAGGAUAUUUAUGGAUCCCCACAAAAAGCAACAUCAGCUCCACGACAAGCACCAUCUUCACCAGACAAAAUACGAUCUAUACAGGAUGUUUAUGGAUCUCAACAAGAAGCUGAAUCUUAUCAACGCCACGAACCAUCUUCAACAGAAAAAAUAAGAUCAAUGCAGAAUGUUUAUGGAUCUCCACCAAAAUCUUCUUCAGCCCAAGGGAGUGUACCAUCUUCAAUGGAAAAAAUAAGAUCAAUGCAGAAUGUUUAUGGGUCUCCACCAAAAUCUUCUUCAGCCCAAGGCAGUGUACCAUCUUCAACAGAUAAAAUAAGAUCAAUGCAGGAUGUUUAUGGAUCUCCACAAAAAUCUUCUUCAGCUCAAGGCAGUGUACCAUCUUCAAUGGAAAAAAUAAGAUCAAUGCAGAAUGUUUAUGAAUCUCCACCAAAAUCUUCUUCAGCCCAAGGCAGUGUUCCAUCUUCAACAGAAAAAAUAAGAUCAAUGCAGAAUGUUUAUGGAUCUCCACCACAAUUUUCUUCAGCUCAAGGCAGUGUACCAUCUUCAAAGGAAAAAAUUAGGUCUAUACAGGAUGUUUAUGGAUCUCCACCAAAAUCUUCUUUAGCUCAAGGCAGUGUACCAUCUUCAAUGGAAAAAAUAAGAUCAAUGCAGAAUGUUUAUGAAUCUCCACCAAAAUCUUCUUCAGCCCAAGGCAGUGUACCAUCUUCAACAGAAAAAAUAAGAUCAAUGCAGGAUGUUUAUGGAUCUCCACCAAAAUCUUCUUUAGCUCAAGGCAGUGUACCAUCUUCAAUGGAAAAAAUUAGGUCUAUACAGGAUUUUUCAGGAUAUCCACAAAAAGCUGCAUCAAUUAAUGAUGAUAUAGGAAUGAAAUCCUAUACUUCAGAUGACAAUGUUUCGGUACAUUCUUUACUAUCUAUAACUCACAAAUCAACUACUAGUAAAUCAGAUUUCUCUUCUUUGCAAUCUAGAGGUAGUUUUACAGCGAAGUCAGAUGAAAGUGUUCAAUCAUAUGAUGACUUAAUUGACAGAGAUUUAAACUAUACAUAAAUAGCAUUUCCAAAACUUAAUGAUUGAAUUUAAUUUUUAAAAUGUUUUUCGUUAUCUGUAUUUUUGGAGUUCAAAGAGAUUAGAAUUAAAAUUAUAAAAA